AUGACCCCGCCCCAUUCUCCCGCUUUCAAUCAGCCACCCCAUUCUCCCGAUUUCCAUCACCCCGCCCCAUUCUCCCAUUUUCCAUCAACCCGCAUCAUUCUGCCUCUUUCCAUCACCCCGCUCCGUUCUCCCGCUUUCCAUCACCCCGCCCCAUUCUCCCGCUUUCUAUCACCCAUCCCAUUCUCCCUCUUUCCAUCACCCCGCCCCAUUCUCCCGCUUUCCAUCACCCCGCUCCGUUCUCCCUCAUUCCAUCACCCCGUCGACUCUCCUGUGUUCCAUCACCCCGCCCCAUUCCCCCGCUUUCCACCACCCCGCCCCAUUCUUCCGCUUUCGAUCACCCUGCCCCAUUCUUCCGCUUUCCAUUACCCCGCCCCAUUCUCCCGCUUUUCCAUAACCCCACCCCAUUCUCCCGCUUUCCAUCACCCCGCCCCAUUCUCCCGCUUUCCAUCACCCCGCCCCAUUCUCCCACUAUCCAUCACCCCGCCCCAUUCUCUUGCUUUCCAUCACCCCGCCCCUUUCUCCUUCUUUUCAUCACCCCGCCUCAUUCUUCCGCUUUCCAUAACCCCGCCCCAUUCUUCCGCUUUCAAUAACCCCGCCCCAUUCUCCUGCUUUCCAUCACCCCGCCCUAUUCUCCCGCUUUCCAUCACCCUGCCCCAUUCUCCCGCUUUCCAUCACCCCAACCCAUUCUUUCGCUUUCCAUCACCCCGCCACAUUCUCCCGCGUUCCAUCUCCCCGCCCCAUUCUCCCGCUUUCGAUCACCCCGCCCAAUUCUCCCGCUUUCCAUCACCCCGCACCUGUCUCCCGCUUUCCAUCACCCCGCCCCAUUCUCCCUCAUUACAGACCCCACCCCAUUCUCCCUCUUUCCAUAACCCCGCCCUAUUCUCCCGCUUUCAAUCAACCACCCCAUUCUCCCAAUUUCCAUCACCCCGCCCCAUUCUCCCGCUUUCCAUCAAUCUGCAUCAUUCUGCCUCUUUCCAUCACCCCGCCCCAUUCUCUCUCUUUCCAUCACCCGCCCCAUUAUCCCUCUUUCCAUCACCCCGCCCCAUUCUCCCGCUUUCCAUCACCCCACCCCAUUCUCCCUCUUUCCAUCACCCUGCCCCAUUCUUCAGCUUUCCAUCACCCCGCCCCAUUCUCCCGCUUUCCAUCACCCCGCCCCAUUCUCCCGCAUUUCAUCAACCCGCCCCAUUCUCCUGCUUUCCAUCACCCUGCCCCAUUCUCCCUCUUUCCAUCACCUUGACCCAUUCUCCCGCUUUCCAUCACCCACCCUAUUAUCCCGCUUUCCAUCACCCCGCCCCAAUCUCCCGCUUUCCAUAUCCCCGCCCCAUUCUCCCGCUUUCAAUCAACCACCCCAUUCUCCCGAUUUGCAUCACCCCGCCCCAUUCUUCCAUUUUCCAUCAACCCGCAUCAUUCUGCCUCUUUCCAUCACCCCGCUCCGUUCUCCCGCUUUCCAUCACCCGCCCCAUUAUCCCUCUUUCCAUCACCCCGCCCCAUUCUCCCGUUUUCUAUCACCCACCCCAUUCUCCCUCUUUCCAUCACCCCGCCCCAUUUUCCCGCUUUCCAUCACCCCGCUCCGUUCUCCCUCAUUCCAUCACCUCGCCGACUCUCCUGCUUUCCAUCACCCCGCCCCAUUCCCCCGCUUUCCACCACCCCGCCCCAUUCUUCCGCUUUCCAUUACCCCGCCCCAUUCUCCCGCUUUCCAUAACCCCACCCCAUUCUCCCGCUUUCCAUCACCCCGCCCCAUUCUCCCGCUUUCCAUCACCCCGCCCCAUUCUCCCACUUUCCAUCACCCCGCCCCAUUCUCUUGCUUUCCAUCACCCCACUCCCCCGCCCCAUUCUCCCUCUUUCCAUCACCCCGCCCCUUUCUCCCGCUUUCCAUCACCCCGCACCUUUCUCCCGCUUUCCAUCACCCCGCCCUAUUCUCCCGCUUUCCAUCACCCCGCACCAUUCUCCCACUUUCCAUCACCCCGCCCCAUUCACCCUCUUUACACACCCCGCCCCUUUCUCCCUCUUUCCAUCACCCCGCCCCAUUCUCUCACUUUCCAUCACCCACCCCAUUCUCCCGCUUUCCAUCACCCCGCCCCAUUCUCCCCUUUUCCACCACCCCGCCCUAUUCUCCCGCUUUCCAUCACCCCGCCCCAUUCUCCCGCUUUCCAUCACCCCGCCCCAUUCUCCCCUUUUCCAUCACACCGCACCAUUCUCCUGCUUUCCAUCACCCCACCCCAUUCUCCCGCUUUCCAUCACCCCGCCCCACUUACCCGCUUUCCAUCAACCACCCCAUUCUACCGCUUUCCAUCACCCCGCCCGAUUGUCCCGCUUUCCGUCACCCACCCCAUUCUCCCGCUUUCCAUCACCCCGCCUCAUUCUCCCGCUUUCCAUCACCCCGCAUCAUUCUGCCUCUUUCCAUCACCCCGCCCCAUUCUCCCGCUUUCCAUCACCCGCCCCAUUCUCCCACUUUCCAUCACCCCACCCCAUUAUCCAUCUUUCAAUCACCCCGCCCCAUUCUCCCGCUUUCCAUCACCCCGCCCCAUUCUCCCGCUUUCCAUCACCCCGCCCCAUUCUCCCGCUUUCCAUCACCCCGCCCCUUUCUCCCGCUUUCCAUCACCCCGCCCCGUUCUCCCGCUUUCCAUCACCUCGCCCCAUUCUCCCGCUUUCCAUCACCCCACCCCAAUCUUCCGCUUUCCAUCACCCCGCCCCAUUCUCCCGCUUUCCAUCACCCCGCCCCUUUCUCCCGCUUUCCAUCACCCCGCCCCGUUCUCCCGCUUUCCAUCACCUCGCCCCAUUCUCCCGUUUUCCAUCACCCCACCCCAAUCUUCCGCUUUCCAUCACCCCACCCCAAUCUCCCGCUUUCCAUCACCCCGCCCCAUUCGCCUGCUUUCCAUCACCCCGCCCCAUUCUCCCGCUUUCCAUAAAGCCGCCCCUUUCUCCCACUUUCCAUCACUCCGCUCCAUUCUCCCGCUUCCCAUCACCCCGCCCCAUUCUCCCGCUUUCCAUCACCCCGCCCCAUUCUCUCGAUUUCCUUCACCCCACCCCAUUCUCCCUCUUUACAAACCCCGCCCCAUUCUCCCUCUUUCCAUAACCCCGCCCCAUUCUCCCGCUUUCAAUCAACCACCCCAUUCUCCCGAUUUCCAUCACCCCACCCCAUUCUCCCGCUUUCCAUCAAACCGCAUCAUUCUGCCUCUUUCUAUCACCCCGCCCCAUUCUCCUGCUUUCCAUCUCCCGCCCCAUUAUCCCUCUUUCCAUCACCCUGCCCCAUUCUCCUGCUUUCAAUCAACCCACCCCAUUCUCCCUCUUUCCAUCACCCCGCCCCAUUCUUCCGCUUUCCAUCACCCCGCCCCAUUCUCCCGCUUUCCAUCACCCCGCCCCAUUCUCCCGCUUUUCAUCACCCCACCCCAUUCUCCCGCUUUCCAUCACCCCGCCCCAUUCUUCUGCUUUCCAUCAACUCGCCUUAUUCUCCCUCUUUCCAUCACUCCACCCCAUUCUCCCUCUUUCCAUCACCCCGCCCCAUUCUUCCGCUUCCCAUCACCCCGACCCAUUCUCCCGCUUUCCAUCACCCACCCUAUUCUCCCGCUUUCCAUCACCCCGCCCCAUUCUCCCGCUUUCCAUCACCCCGCCCCAUUCUCCCGCUUUCCAUCACCCCACCCCAUUGUCCCGCUUUCCAUCAGCCCGCCCCAUUCUCCCGCUUUCCAUCACCCCGCCCCGUUCUCUCGCUUUCCAUCACCCCGCCCCGUUCUCCAGCUUUCCAUCACCCCGCCCCAUUCUCCUGCUUUUCAUCACCCCGCCCCAUUCUCCUGCUUUUCAUCACCCCACCACAUUCUCCUGCUUCCAUCUCCCCGCCCCAUUCUCCCGCUUUCCAUCACCCCGCCCCAUUCUCCCGCUUUCCAUCACCCCGCCCCAUUCUCUCGCUUUCCAUCACCCCGCCCCAUUCUCCCGCUUUCCAUCACCCCGCCCCAUUCUCCCGCUUUCCAUCACCCCGCCCCGUUCUCCUGCUUUCCAUCCCCCCGCCCCAUUCUCAUGCUUUCCAUCACCCCGCCCCAUUCUCCCGCUUUCCAUCAACCACCCCAUUUUCCCGCUUUCUAUCACCCGCCCCCUUCUCCCGCUUUCCAUCACCCCGCCCGAUUCUCCUGCUUUCCAUCACCCACCCCAUUCUCCCGCUUUCCAUCACCCCGCCUCAUUCUCCCGCUUUCCAUCACCCCUCAUCAUUCUACCUCUUUCCAUCACCCCGCCCCAUUCUCCCGCUUUCCAUCAACCGCCCCAUUCUCCCUCUUUCCAUCACCCUGCAUCAUUCUCCCACUUUCCAUCACCCCACCCCAUUCUCCCUCUUUCAAUCACCCCGCCCCAUUCUCCUGCUUUCCAUCACCCCGCCCCAUUCUCCCGCUUUCCAUCACCCCGCCCCAUUCUCCCGCUUUCCAUCACCCAGCCCCAUUCUCCCUCUUUCCAUCUCCCUCCCCAUUCUUCCUCUUUCCAUCACCUUGCCCCAUUCUCCCUCUUUCCAUCACCCAGCCCCAUUCUCUCGCUUUCCAUCACCCCAAUCCAUUCUCCCUCAUUCCAUCACACCGCCGACUCUCCCGCUUACCAUCACCCCGCCCUGUUCUCCCGCUUUCCAUCACCCCACCCCAUUGUCCCGCUUUCCAUCACCCAGCCCCAUUCUCCCGCUUUCCAUCACCCCGCCCCAUUCUCCCACUUUCCAUCUCCACGCCCCAUUCUCCCGCUUUCCAUCACCGGCCCCAUUCUCCUGCUUUCCAUCACCCCACCUCAUUCUCCCACUAUCCAUCACCCCACCCCAUUCUCCCUCUUUCCAUAACCCCGCCCCAUUCUCUCUUUUUCCAUAACCCCGCCCCAUUCUCCCGCUUUCCAUCACCCCGCCCCAUUCUCCCGCUAUCUAGCACCCCGCCCCAAUCUCCCGCUUUCCAUCACCCCACCCCAUUCUCCCGCUUUCCAUCACCCCGCCUCAUUCUGCCUCUUUCCAUCACCCCACCUCAUUCACCCUCUUUCCAUCACCCUGCCCCGUUCUCCCUCUUUCCAUCACCCCGCCCCGUUCUCCUGCUUUCCAUCACCCGCCCCAUUCUCCCUCUUUCCAUCACCCCGCCUCAUUCUCCCGCUUUCCAUCACCCCGCUCCAUUCUCCCUCAUUCCAUCACCCCGCCGACUCUCCCGCUUUACAUCACCCCGCCCCGUUCUCCCGCUUUCCAUCACCCAGCCCAAUUCUCUCGCUUUCCAUCACCCCGCCCCAUUCUCCCGCUUUCCAUCACCCCGCCCCAUUCUCCCGCUUUCCAUCACCCGCCCCAUUCUCCCGCUUUCCAUCAACUUCCCCAUUCUCCCGCUUUCCUUCAUUCCGCCCCGUUCUCCCGUGUUCCAUCACCCGGCCCCAUUCUCCCGCUUUCCAUCACCCCGCCCCAUUCUCCCGCUUUCCAUCACCCGCCCCAUUCUCCCGCUUUCCAUCACCUUCCCCAUUCUCCCGCUUUCCUUCAUUCCGCCCCAUUCUCCUGCUAUCCAUCACCCCGCCCCAUUCUCCCGCAUUCCAUCUCCCCGAGAUGGAGCUUGCUCUUGGACCAGGCUAGCUCUUGGACUAGGCAAGCUCUUGGACCAGGCAAGCUCUUUGACCAUACAAGCUCUUGGACUAGGCAAGCUCCUGGACCAGGCAAGCUCGUGGACCAAGCGAGCUCUUUGA